UAAUCAAGAUUCAAGAGAGCUCUUUUUUGUUAUUGCCGGCGUGGGAUAUAAAUGCAGUCUAGACCUUUGUUCUGAAGCUUUCUUCUUCACCUCCUUCAAUUUCCCAUUUCUCUCUCUCUCUCUCUCUCUUCUUCUCUGUCAUCUUUAUUACUUUCUUGGGUGUUUAUUUUCUUGAUAGAGUGACAGGAUCUAGCAGAGUAUGAACUGUUGUGAACAAAGUCCCCACUCCCCAGAGCCUAAAUUCAAGAGAUUUUGUUGUAUUUUCUCUCCCUUUUUCCCCUUUUCUUGAAUGAAACCUUCAAAGAAUGUCUUGCAGAGAACCAAAAGUAGCAAACUAUCUGAAAUAAGCUGCAAGGGAGAGGAUUUUGUUUCUGAAAUUUGCUACUGUUUUCAAGAAUGGAUAAGGGUGGCAAGGAUGAGGCCAUGGCAGCAAAGAGAGGUGAUGAUGCUAUGAGCUUUCAGUCAGCAAAUGUGUCAUCUGACUGGCAAAUCAAUGGUUCCGAUCUCGCGAACACGCCUAUUGGAAUGAUUCCCAAUAGCAACCCGAUGGUGGAUGCGUUUUGCUUGAAUGUUUGGGAUCAAUCUGCAAGUUCAGCAAGCUUAGGCUUUUGUGAUGCUAAUGUUCAUAGCAAUGUUAGCAUUUCUAGCCCAUUCGGAGGUGGAACGAGUGGCGGGUUCACCACCGCCUUAAGAGGCGGUGUCGAUAGAGGUGUUGGUAUGGGGUGGCAUCCGGCUAACACGAUGUUGAAAACGGGGAUGCUUCUGCCUACUGCCCCUGCAGUGGUUCCCCCGAACUUGCCUCAGUUCCCGGCUGAUUCCGAUUUUCUUCAAAGGGCAGCGAGGUUUUCGUGCUUCAGUGGAGGAAACUUGGGCGAUAUGAUGAACCCCUUCAACGUUCCCGAGUCUCUGAGUCCUUAUUUUAGAGGCUUAACACCAACUCAAAGGCCUCAACAGGUGUUUGUAGGUAGUAAUGGACUAAAACCUGCACCAGCACCAGCACCAGCGGGUGAAAUUUCAAACGGGGCUGCUGAUGGUAGCCCACUAAAUAACGAUAGCGCGAUUGAAUAUGCUGUUGGGUCGAGAAAUAGUGCAAAAGAAGGCGGAGGAGCCUUUGGAAAUGAAGCUAACGAGCCCGAAUGUAGUAGCCGUGGUGGCCAUGAUGUAUCUGAGGGUGCAGGGGGAGAGUCUUCGGCCUCAAAGAAAAGGAAAAGAAGCGGGCAGGACGCUGAAACUGAUCAAAACAAGGGAACACCGCAACCAGCUGAAGCAGCAACAGAUCAGACUGAUAAAAAGGGAGAUCAAAACGUGACCGCAACUCCCAGCAAGCCAGGCGGUAAAGGCAGUAAGCCGGGGUCCCAAGCUUCAGAUAAUCCUAAAGAAGAUUACAUCCACAUUCGGGCUAGGAGAGGCCAGGCCACGAAUAGCCACAGUCUUGCAGAAAGAGUUAGGAGGGAGAAAAUCAGUGAAAGAAUGAAAUUUCUUCAGGAUCUCGUGCCCGGUUGUAACAAGGUCACUGGCAAAGCAGUAAUGCUCGAUGAAAUCAUUAAUUAUGUACAGUCGCUCCAACGACAGGUUGAGUUCUUGUCGAUGAAGCUUGCAACAGUAAACCCGCGGCUCGAGUUCAACAUCGAUGGUCUCCUUGCAAAAGAUAUCCUCCAGUCCAGGGCUGGUCCUUCGUCUUUUCCACAUGAUAUGACUAUGCCUUAUCCACCAGCACACCCUCCACCAUCGACACUGAUUCAAGCAGGUCUUCCUAGCCUGGGAAGUUCUGCAGAUGCAAUACGAAGAACCAUCAAUUCGCACUUGGCAACCGCGAGUGGGAGCUUCAAGGAGCCUACCCCUCAGGUACCUAGUAUGUGGGACGAUGAGCUCCAUAACGUUGUCCAGAUGGGCUUCAAUCCAAGCGCUCCCCUCGACAGCCAAGAUAUAGGCUCUCUACCACCUGGCCAUAUGAAAUCUGAGCCCUGAACUAUUUUUCCUGCAAUUCUAUUAGCUACAUACACUUCAUUGAAUCCCUUUGCACCUAAGUUAUCUUCAGGGAAUGAAUCAACAUCAGAUAAUUUCUUGUGUAUACUGAGAGUCACUUAGGAGGUUGAAUUGGUUGAAAUUUGCUUGAUCAGUUUUACAUCCCGAGAAGAUUAUUUUCAAGUUAUGAUGCAAAGAAACCUUUCUACUCGAUUAUCCUAUAUAUUGGGCAAACGGGAGUGAAGAAUCACAAGGUUUUCAUCACGAAAAGAACGUUAUGCCCCCGGGACAUGUACCCUGGAUGCAUGGAACAUAGAAGAGAUACAUACUCAUGUAAAUUUCAGUUGUGAAUUUGUCAGAAAAAAACAGGCUUCUUAGCUUCUCCUUCUUCUGAUUUUACUUGGAGGAAUGAAGAUCAAUGAGGUUACAUCUCCUUUUAUUGUCAAUACAAUAAUAGUGUUAUUCCUUAUGUACUGAUUUACUCUUAUUGACUAAUGCAAUUGAAAUGGUGUUUGGUGUUUAUUCA